GUCUGGAGAGUGGGAGGAGGGAGAAUACCAAAGAAAGGACAGAAUGAGACCGGAGGGGCUGAAAGGGUGAAAGGACCCAUCUGAAAAAGAGAGGGACAGAGAGGGGAGACAGAGGGAGGAACAGCAACCGAGAACUGAGAGGAACAGAGAGAAAGGGGAGGGAACAGAGAGGGUUACCUCAUCUAGAGCUGCUAGUGCACACGGUGCAGGGGAGAAGUUGUGGGAAAGUAAACAGCACAGGAGAAUUCCAGUCUGCUUUCAGCCACUUGCAGCCCUCACAGGAGACUUUAAAGAUGAGUGUGCUGGACCCGGCAAUGUGGUAAAAACAGAGUAUAUGGGAGAACACUAGGAUUAAAGGUUCAACAGGGAGUGCCUGAAGCUUCUCGGAGGACACACUACUGAGGACAAGGAGGGAUUAUGUCCACUGUGAUGUCUCAGCAACCACCAAAGGAGGAUGAAGAAGAGGAAGAUGAGGAGCAAGGGGAAGAGUUUUCAUUUGAGGACAGUACAGAUGAAGAGAAACUUCAGGAGGACAGUAAAGGGAUCAGCUCUCAUUCUGACAAAUCUGUACAGUUAACAAAAAAUGAGAGCAGCGAGACCUCAGUCAGUGUGUCACAAACAGGCACAGACAGCACACAACUCCUUGGAACUUCACCUCCUGCUGGACAGGAAGGCAUUUCGACCAAGGAAGUGGCUUCAGUUUCCACAGCAGAUAUGCCAGUUAAUGAGCCACCCAGCUGGGCCUCAGCAGCAGCAGCAGCAGCAACAGCCGAGCCCAGUACCUCAGCUCCUUGUGUGGGAGAGAAGCUCCAGGGGCUUCCUGUAGUGCCGGCAGCUGCUUAUUCAGGAGACCACAGCAAAGAAAUCGUCAAGGAAAGCUUUGGCUCCGGGGACGUCUAUGAAGCUGUACGCGUGGCUGAAGCUGAGCCACAGGCAGCGGCGGCUUCAGAGGUGAUCUAUGAUGACGUUCCAAGUGAAGAACCCCUCUCUCCUGAUGAAGCAGAUAUGAUAUAUGAAGAUGUGCAGAAAGACAGUGGUCCCCUCAAUGCAGACAACGGAUGGAGCUCCAGUGAGUUCGAAAGCUAUGACGAGCACUCUGAUAAUGAAACCAAACUGCCGACACGGAGCAAGCUCUCUCCUGAAGUGCGCCGGCUGAGGGAGCGGUGUGCCAAGACCAAACGUGAACUGGCCAUGAGGUUGUCUGGCAAGCACAACUAUGAUGUCAAGGUUCAGCAGUUCAUGAAGGCGGCGAGAAGCGGAACAAAGGAUGGGCUUGAAAAAACCAAAAUAGCUGUCAUGCGAAAAGUCUCCUUCCUGCAGAGAAAAGAUCACUUGGAAGAGGAGGAUGAUGCAGGAUACCUGGAUGUGGCUGUGUCAGAAGAUAAGCAUCCUCCCCCACAGCUGAGCCCCAUGCCAGAGGGCCUGACCAGCCACCAGGUUGUCAGACGCCAUAUCCUUGGCUCCAUCAUUCAGAGCGAACGGAGCUACCUGGAGUCUCUCAGGAGAAUCUUGCAGGAAUACCACAGACCAUUGAUGGAAUCUGAUCCACGCAUCCUCAGUCCAAGGAAGAUCCGGCCUAUAUUUUACCGAAUCAGGGAGAUCACACAGUGCCACUCCAUGUUCCAGAUUGCACUGUCGUCACGUGUGGCUGAAUGGGACAGCAGCGAGAAAAUUGGAGACUUAUUUGUUGCCUCGUUUUCCAAGUCCAUGGUGCUGGAUGUUUACAGUGAUUACGUGAACAACUUCACUAAUGCCAUGGCUCUCAUUAAAAAGGCAUGCAUGUCCAAACCAGCCUUUCUUGAAUUCUUAAAGAAAAAGCAGGCGUCUAGUGUUGACCGCAUCACUCUGUACGGCCUGAUGGUUAAGCCCAUUCAGCGGUUCCCUCAGUUCAUAUUGCUCCUGCAGGACAUGCUUAAGAACACACCUAAGGGCCAUGUGGAUCGUCUACCCCUGCAGCUUGCUCUGACAGAGCUGGAGAUGCUGGCUGAGAAGCUGAAUGAACAGAAACGAGUCGCUGACCAGAUUGCAGAGACUCAACAACUAGCCCGCAGCGUCAGUGAUCGCCUGCUCAGUAAGCAACUGAACUCGGAGCAGGGGUCACUGGUCCUUUGUGAGACGCUUAUUGAGACUGUGUAUGGAGAACGGGGACAAGUCCUGAAGUCAAAGGAGAGAAAGGUCUUCCUCUUUGAUGAUGUACUCAUCUGUGCCAACAUAAAUGUCAAGGGGCCUCCAGAUAUCAGCAGCCUGGUCCCUGUUGGCCCCAAGUACACCAUGAAGUGGAGCGCCCCUAUACAGCAGGUGCAAGUUGUAGAGGUGGGGCAGGAGGGCUCUCAAAGCAAAGACACCUUCUUCCAACAGAGCGGGGCCAAAUGGCCAAGUGGUGCCUGCACUUCAGGUAAAGCGUUCCUGGGGCCUCCGCGGCUCUACCAGGAGCUGCAGGAACUGCAACACGACCUUUCUGUUGUGGAGGAGGUCACUCUUCUUGUGGGCACACUGCAGGGGAUGUACCAGAAUCUGAACACCACUGUGGCCCAGGACUGGUGUCUGGCUCUGCAGAGGCUUAUUCGCAUCAAAGAAGAACAGAUCCAGAGUGCUAACAAAUGUCGCUUACGCCUGCAGGUACCUGGCAGGCCAGACAAGUCAGGGCGUCCUGUCAGUUUCAUGGUGGUCCUCAACACUCCCAACCCUCUUAGUAAGAUCUCCUGGGUCAAUCGUCUGCACUUGGCCAAGAUUGCACUACGAGAGGAGAAUUCACCAGGCUGGUUGUGUGGAGAGGAUGAAGGGAAGACAAUGGCUCCGUUUUGGUGUCCACUGCUUGCCUGUCACAUGCCUGUCUUUGCCACAAAGUUGCCUGAGAGAAAGCUUGGGGCUGCCCUCCACAACCCUGUUCACUGUGCAUUGUUGGGCUUCUCUGCAGCGAGCACCUCUUUACCUCAAGGCUACCUCUGGGUGGCUGGCGGAGAAGAAGGUUCUCAGGGGCAGAUAGAGAUAUUUUCCCUCAACAGGCCCAUGCCGAGGGCUGUGAAGAGCCUGCAGGUCAGCUCUGCUGUCCGAUGUCUGGAAUAUGUGCCAGAACCUUCUCCGAAUGAGGAAGUGGAGGCUGGAGUUCAUAAGACCCCCUCAGGGAACGGUGCUAACAUUUGCGUUGGAUUAGAGGAUGGGCGCAUACUGGUCUACGGCAGUGUGGACACUGCAGCACAAUGCCUAUUGACCCUCCAUAACCCACAGGGCUGCCCUGUGCUGUGCCUGAAGCACUCCUCUCGCUUCCUGUUUGCGGGCCUGCGGAACGGGACCCUGAUGGUUUAUGGAAGAAAUGGCAGUGAUGACCUUUGGGAUCCUGAUUCCUGCAGAGGUGUAAGCCUGGGCUCAGAACCUGUGCGAACUCUGUUGGUGUUAGAUGACUCAGUGUGGGCAAGCUGUGGGAGCUCUGUCACAGUCAUGGAUAUCUCCAGCCUCACCACUCAGAAGUUUGAAGUCCAUCCAGACCCGAUGGUCAGCGUCGCACACAUGGCAUGUGCUGGAGGAGGGGUGUGGAUGGCAUUCUCAGAGGGUUCCUCCAUUCGUCUCUUCCACACUGAAACACUGGAGCUUCUGCAGGAAAUCAACAUCUCAACACGCUCAACGCUGCUGAACACCGGUCAGAAGAGCAUGCGAGUCACAAGUCUCCUAAUUUGCCAGGGGCUGUUGUGGGUGGGCACUGCCCAAGGCCUAAUUAUCACUCUUCCAGUUCCCAAACUGGAGGGCAUCCCCAAAAUAACAGGAAAGGGAAUGAUUUCUCUAAAUGCCCAUUGUGGGCCGGUGGACUUCCUGGUAGCCACAACCAGCACUCUUUCUCCUGAACUGCUGAAGAGGGAUUCUGUUGGGGAUGGCCCAGACUCUGCCUGUGGAGGUGAGGACCGCAGUGACACCUCUUCUCAGGAGUCCCUGCAACAGUCCAGCUCCUGCCAAGGAGAGGGGAAAGGCAAAGGACGAGGAGUUCUGCUGCAGUACAAGCUGCGCUCCACAUCAGGCCUACCUGGACGGCCAUUAACCGCUCUGGGCGACGAGGCGUCGGACUCCUCCCUGGAGUCUUUGGAGCACAGCGUGGAAGAUGGCUCUAUCUAUGAGCUCAGUGAUGACCCAGAAAUGUGGGUUAGGGGACGUUCUUGUGAGAGAGAUGGGAGACGCAGGGACAGGGUGAUCUCUGCAGCGGUUAUCUCUGGAGGCAAGGGCUUCCGUAGACUGAAGGAAGGAGCAGCAGCAGGUACUAGGAUAAGCGGGGAGGGUUUAGAGAAUAUUCUUAUGGUAUGGCAGCUCCCACUGACAGUUUGAUAUGGAAAAUAUAUGGCAAGGUGAUGUGUAUUUAUAGAUGUCUCCCAAGCUUAGCCUUGAAUCACUUGUUCCAUAAAUUCGAGGGAUUUGAAUAUAUGAUGAGAAGGUGCUGCCACUGUUGCAGAGCUUGACAUCUUAUGAUGUAGCCUGUGGAAUAAGGUAGUUAAGACAUGCUGUUUAUUAGAGGUACUGUCAUCCCAUAGGACACUUUGAAUGUUCAUGAUUGCGUGUCAUCAUCUUCCCAGCAGUGGCGGAGACAGCCACAGUUAAGUUCCGUGUGAUUUUUUUUUGAUGUGGUUCCUCUUCUUGGCUUUUUAAGAUUGAUAUGCCUCAAUUUAACCUCAUCAUUGCUGCGGGUGCUGUGCAACAUUUAUUUUUUGCGAGGUACUUCUCACCCAUGGACAGCAUGCCUUUGAGAGGCAGCCCUUGUUAAAUCCGUCAUGCUCUGCAGAGUUAGAGAUGGACAUCUUUUAUCUGAUCCUGUGGGAGAGAUCCCAUCUGUUUAGAGCUGAAAGCUGGGGGACUUCCACCACAUCACAAAGCACAUUAGCAUCACUUUAUUAGCUUUGUAAGGCUGUCUGUCAUCCCAUACAAUGUGAAUGUACGAUACCUUCUAUUGUGUCUCAAAAUUGAAUCUUUGCUUUCUAUUUUCUUCUUUCUUGCAACGUCUUUUGAGGAGGUUCGUGUUAGUACAGAUUGAAUGCAAAAGUGAUUUGUAAAACAAAAGUCAUGAGAGCCAAAAAUGUUAUUGCUCUACAUUACUUUAUCUGUAUUUGCUCAGUAGAAAUCCUGUAAUUAUCACAGAUUUAUUUGAGGACAGGAACAGAAACUUCUUGGUGCCACAUUUGACAGUAAUUAUUAUCUUGCCCAUGUACUGUAAAAGCCAGAUAUCAGUUUCAUUAUUCACUGUCAUCUCAGCUAGAUAAAACAAAUGUGCACACAUUGUUAUUAAUAAAUAGCUCACAUUAGCAGUAAACCCCAGUUACACAUCAAAAGCAAAACUCUAUAAACAAAUGAUGAAAUAAAAGUGCGUCUGCCAUCAGCUAUGUAUCAACAGAGGCAUUCUACCUAACACCAGUUAUUGCUUUUCAAUAAUAUACAGUAAGAUUCUGGCUAAAGCUGCUGUUACAUACAUAGGCCUGGAUCACAGUUAACAGGCACAUAUUUGUAUAUUAUCUCACAUGUAGCCUGAACACUAAUUCAUAUAAACCUUGUCCCAUCACUACUUGCUUUCCUUAUGGUUUGGUGAAUAUUUGUUAAAUAAAUAAAGUUUUUGCUUCAUAAAUUCUAAAUUCAAAACUGUAGUAACAAUGGCUGAUCUGUAAAGAUAGACUAUUGACAGCUGUCUUGCAGACAAAAUCAAGAGGUUUAUACUCAAUGCACAUUUCUCAGUGUGUUGACACAGACAGUGGAGGCCACUAUGAACACAGCUUUCUGCAUUCUGAGCAACCCAAGCGACGGUGAGGAUUAUGGCAUGUCAUUUUUCUCUGCCUCUAUUUCAGCACAGCCCUUCCACCGCACAUUGAUUCUCAUCUUAUCCCUUCAUCACAGAUGAAGCAUUAAAUUCAUGUUUAGUAUUUCCUUGAGGCACACUGUGGUUUAUUUUCUCUUUUCUUCUCCUCACAAAUGAAAUUCAAAAGCAUUUUAAACACCCUGCUUUCAGCCAGAAUCAUUCAAAAAAUAAGAUGAUGUAAGCUGUAGUUGGAUGCUGUCAUCUAAAUGUAAAUCUCAAUGUCAUGUCAAAAGUGUAGAGACUAAUUCAUGGGAGAUGCAAUGCUGCAGGAGCCACAAUGCCAUGAUGGUCACUAUAGAGGUUGUUCACUCAACCUUAACCAGAGGAUCAGUGUAUCCCUGCGUAAGUAGCCUGAUGAAAUAUACAUGACUCUUUUACAAAAGCUGUCUGAGUUGGUAUUGUUGAACGGUUUUUGCAAAGCUUGUCCACUAACAGUUGAGAUUUAAUCUCUAAAGUAUUUAUCAUCUCCUUUCAUGGUGAUGAUGUUGACUCACAUUUUAUUUGCUUACACUACAUGUGUACAGGUAUUACCCAUGCACUGAAUAUUAAUACAUUGAAUGAACAUAUUGUGCAACUAAUUAGAACUGUUACUUGUUACUGUACUAAUUCCACCUGUAUUCCUUUUUGUAAAGAGGAUUCUGCAACAGUGUUGAUGAUUUAGAUGAAACUGUAAAAGGCACAGUGUAUGCAGUUUGUGUUCCUGUAGUUUAAACAGUGAGUCUGGUUCAUUGGAGAUUGGAUAUUAUUUUUUUAGGUUUGGCUUUUGUUUCGACAUCACUAAGAGAAGUCUGGCACAAACAAAGUUUAGGGUUGGGGUUACUUCCCACACCUCUGUGUGAUUAUUUUGGUGU